GGAUCCACCUGCUCUCCCCUCCCGCCCAUCUCAAAACACCCGCCAAUUCAAACCUAUAAAUCCAACCCCUCACCAUCUCUCAUCAGCCAUCACUUCACAACCUUCUCAAAUCUCAACUUCUCAUCAAUCACUCGCCAAAAUGUCGGGUCGGGGCAAGGGCGGCAAGGGCCUGGGCAAAGGCGGAGCAAAACGACACCGUAAGGUCCUCCGCGACAACAUCCAAGGCAUCACCAAGCCCGCCAUCCGCCGCCUCGCCCGCAGAGGCGGCGUCAAGCGCAUCAGCGGCCUCAUCUACGAGGAGACACGCGGCGUCCUCAAGAUCUUCCUCGAGAACGUCAUCCGCGACGCCGUCACCUACACCGAGCACGCCCGCCGCAAGACCGUCACCGCCAUGGACGUCGUCUACGCCCUCAAGCGCCAGGGCCGAACCCUCUACGGCUUCGGGGGUUAAUCUUGUAAAUUCACCAAAAUCGAAUCUUGGAAUCUUUUUGUAAUAUUCACCUAUAUCCAAUGAAGUUGUCACUUU